UCCUCCUUUUACUUUCCCUACUUUCUCCGUCCAGUGCGCUCCAGAGACAGCGGGCUCAUACCCCGCAGUGAGAGGUUUACCUGCGCCGGAGCCGAGGGCCGGUCAGCGGACUGUACGACUGAACUUUCCACGCGGAACACGGAGCGACGUUUCACUGGAGAUCUCCAGCUCUCUGAUGUCACGCUGACGAAGUUUCUGACAGAACCCACCCGGCAGCAGACGGCGAGGCCCGCCGGAGAUCCCAUCCUUCAUCCCUUCAUCCCUUCUGUCUGAGGAGGGAUAAAGACGAGUUCUGAAGGGGGAAGAGGAGCCGCUGUUGGCCUGGACAUGGCUUUUCUGUGUAUGAGAGAAAGACACACGGAGCUGAUCUGAGGUCACGGUUCUCCUACACUUCCUCCCGCCCCCCUUCCCCGCAGUCACAAGACAGAGUGAGGUUGCUAUCGCUACGCUCACCGAGCUAAAUAUUUGUCUUCUCACUUGGAGGAGCAAAAGGAUCCCCUCGGUUGGGAGGGAGAAAGAGCUUCUUAUCAGGGGAGUUUUGCUUUGCGAGCUUUUCGUCUAUUUCCUGAGAAACUGACUGCCCCCCAAACAUAUAGAGGUGCUUCCCAGUGAGUUGAACUGAGGACCCUCUCCUCUCAGAUAAAGGGACGACCUUCUCCAAAUCGCAUCCUAACCUGUCAGAAGCAGAAAUGCCGGCAAAGACACCAAUGUACUUAAAGACGACAACCCCCAAGAAGGGGAAGAGGCUGAGGCUCCGCGACAUCCUCUCGGGCGAUAUGAUCAGCCCGCCGCUGGGCGACGUGCGCCACAGCGCGCACGUGGGGCCUGAAGGGGAGGGCGACAUGUUCGGUGACGUGGGUUUCCUGCAGGGCAAGAUGGACAUGCUGCCGGCCCUGAGUCGGAUGCAGGACGGCCGCUCGCACAGCGUGGAGAGGCGGCUGGACGACGGCCUGGUGGCGAGACAGGACUCGCACAGCUACGCCUACAACGGUUAUCACUAUCAGCACUCCGCUGCCGGUCUGCUGAAGACCACCAUCUCCAUGCCCGUGUUCAUUGCCCACGAGCAGGCGCCGCCCAAGCCCCCGCGCCUCCACCUGGACGACCCCUCCCCUCCCUCUCUGGCCUCCCAGCAGAACCACUUCCACCACCAUCAGCAGCCGGCGGACACGGGCCGCCGACAGGCCAACGGCCACACGGACAACCACAGCCAGCUCUUCGAGAACGGCGUGGUGGGCCGCCUGGCGUCGGAGCCCUGCCGCGACAUCUCCCUCUCCCCCGCCGUCCGCAGGCUCGUCCCCUCCUCCGGCUCCUUCUCCGAGGUCUCCUCCGAGGACUCCAUGUCGGAAACCUGCGGGCCAAUGGACGUCCGCCGGGGCCUCAGUCUGGACUCGGACGCCGGCCUGAGCAACGAGGAUCUGAGGAGUGACCGCAGCGAGUCGCCCGGCUCCGCCUUCCAUCCGGCCGGCCUCACAGUGCCAUCCGGGGUCUCGCGGUCGGACUCUUUGGCGGGGUUAGACCUGGAUCUGGGCCCAUCUAUCAUGGAGGACGUGCUGAGCAUCAUGGACCGCUACAAGACCGAGGACAACCGCUGCGAGCUGUGAAGAAACCUUAAUGUGAUGUACAGAUAUUUUUUUAUACGGAUAAAUAAAUCCCUAAAGACUUUAAAAUAGUAAAGGAGGACAGAAGGCAUAGAGGAGUGCAGAAGACAGAAAGGUGAGAAACAGGUGGACACUGUUGUUAAGUGUCGAGACGCCGCUGCACGACAUGACGUCAGCCAAGGCCAGAGGCUGGUCCUUCAGAGCCAUUCAGCAAAACUGAAACUCGUGGCAGUAAAAACUGCAAGCUAAGUAAAUGUAAAGAGUGUUACGCUGUCCUGGUCCAUAUUCUGUCCUGAAUAUUAAUAUAUUCACUGGUUUACUGUACACUUCAAUGCCAGAUGAAAUGUGAAGAACUCCUUUCCUUCUGUAGAACGUGAAGAUGGAAGUGAUGUAAAAUGGUCUCCACGUAUGAGAACAGCAGCACCAAGAAGCUCCCUCUUGUAGUUUAACAAAUAUAACAUUCUAAAAGAAAGUUUCUGUCAGAAAUGUGCUGCAUUAGAUCAUUUUGCAAUAUUCUUUUCUUCUCCUGUCUUCUCAAAUACACUCUUCCUCCAUGUCGUGGCUCACUGGCUAACGCUCACUGUCUGCAUUAUCACAGUAGCCUGCUAUUCAUGUCAUUUAUGCUGUCACUGUAAAUGUACAAAUAAAACAUUCCUAUUAAGAAGA